CGAGCGCCGAGCACGGACGUGCCGCCGCGAGUGAAGUGCAUCACGAGAAACAAGUGAAGUGAACAACAGUGAGUUACUGUGUUUUAUGCCUAUUGCUGUUGUAGCCGCCGCUGUUUAUGUACACACUGGUAACGCGGCGAUGCGGCGUCAGCGGCGCGCGCACUCGGCGCGGCUGACCUGCGGCGCGCCAUGAGGAAGUUCAUGCGCACACGCAGCGCCGCGCCCGCGCCCCUCGCCCCGCUCCCGCCUCCCGCGCAGUACCCCGCCAAUGGGCUGAACGGCCACACCAAGACCAACGGCCACGCCAAUGGCGGGCCGCGGCGCGACGACCACUCCACCCUCUCCAGGUCCAGCAGGUACUGGGGCGGGUCGGGCGCGGGCGCCGAGCUGUGGGAGGACCCCGACUUCCCGGCCUCGCCGCGCUCUAUCGGUGAGCGCGCCUCCGGCCUCACAUGGAGGCGGCCUCACGAGCUGAGCUCCGCCCCACUGUUCCUGAGUGCGGAGGCGGAGGACGCGGCGUGGGAGGUGGAGGUGGGCGCCCUGGGCUCCGGCGCCCUCUGCGCCGCGGCGGCCGCGCUGGCGCCCACGCCGCGCCUGCUGGCGCGCGUAGUGCCACCACAAUCCUUCAGGGACCACUACAGGGGCGCCUUCACGUUCCGCUUCUGGGUGUUCGGCGCGUGGCGCGAGGUGGUGGUGGACGACCGGCUGCCGUGCCGCGGCGCCGUGCCGCGCCUGCUGGCCUCCACCGCGCGGCAAGGCGACUUCACGCUGCCGCUGCUCGAGAAGGCCUACGCCAAGCUGUACGGGUCGUACGCCGCGAUGCACGCGGCGGGCGCGGCGGCCGAGGGCACCGCGCGAGCCCUGCAAGAACUGACCGGAGGGAUAGUCCAAUCCUUCUCCCUGCAGCGGCAGCCGCAGCCGCUGACGUUGCAAGUGCUGCACUCAGCGGCGCCGCGCUCCACCAUCAUCGUCGCUACUCCUAGCGAAAAGGAGUCAACAUGGCGGCGGCGCUCGGGGCUGGCGUCGGGGCAGGCGUACGUGGUGACGGGGCUGGCGCGCGUGCGCGGCGGCGCGGCGCUGGUGCGCGUGCGCGGCCGCGGCGCGUGGCGCGGCGCCUGGGCGAGGGGGAGCGCCGAGUGGAGGGCCUUGACGGAUGUGGACAGAGACGCGUUGGACGCAAGAGCCCUACAUCCCGAUGAGUUCUGGAUGUCCUUCUCCGACUUCGCUUGCGUGUUCGCGCGUUUGGAGCUGGUCCAUGUUGGCCCUGAUGACUGGAUGCGAGAGCCGGCGCUCCACGCCAGGAGACCUUGGAGGGCUGUGCUGGCCAGGCGCAGGUGGAGGCGGGGCUUCAACGCGGGCGGACCUCCUGAGGCUACAGAGACGACCGGCACGAACCCGCAGUUCCACGUGUCGAUACCGGGCUGCGCGGGCGCCGGCAAGUGCCACGUCGUGGUGUCCGUGCUGCAGCAGUACUGCCCGCGCGGACGGACUAGGUUAAAGGCGGUCGGGUUCGCUCUAUACGAGCUCCCUCCAGGUGGCACUGCGCCGCGCUCGCUGACAGGCCUGCGCGCCCUCGACGUGACGCACUGGUCGCGCGCGCGGGAGGUCGCCACCUUCUUCACGCUGCCCGCGGGCGAGUACCUGCUCGUGCCGCACACGAGGCGAGCCCACACCGAGGCCGCCUUCCUGCUGAGGGUGCUGACCGACCAGCAUGCUGAUAUAUGGGAGGUGAACGAGGACAACCUGAUCGUGCGCAGCAUCAACGCCGAGUUCCCGGACGAGCGGCAGCCGAUACCACCGGAGUUGCGGGCGACGCUUGUCAAGCUGUUCGGAAAGGAGGAAGUAGAAGAGGUGGACGCCUCGGAGCUGCGCUCGGCCCUGCGGCGCAGCGGGUGCGGGGGUGUGCCGCUGGCGCUGUGCCGCUCGCUGGUGGCGCUGCGCGACGCCCGCGUGGCGGGGCGCAUGCGCGCGGCGGAGGUGCCGGCGCUGGCGCGGCUGCUGGCGCUGUGGCGCGGCGUGUGGGCGCGCCACCAGCGCUGCGGCGCCGCCUCCGCCUACCGCGCGCGCGACAUGCUGCGCCAGGCCGGCGUGCACGCCAGCAACAAGGUGUUGGAAGGCUGCGUGGUCCGCUUCGCACCCAAGGCGCAACUGGCGGCCGAUGCGUUCCUGUUAGCACUUGCUAGAAUUCACCUCGCGCACGAACGUUACCGCCUCCUCGACACGAAGCUGAAGUCCAAUCCUCUCUCGUUGGAAGAGAUGAUCCUGAUGACGAUCUACUCGUGAUCGCGAGGCGCGCGUGUUGUUGGACCCGCAGUUGUCGGUGUCUCCUGAGGCGCGUGUUGUUGGACCCGCUGUUGUCGGUCUACUCGUCAACGCGCAUGUUGUUGAGCCCGCUGUUGUCUGUUGCGGAACCUUUAUGUUUACUUAUUUUAUUUGUUUGUGCGACUGCAGUAUGCUAGGACGAUUUCCCACAAAAAUCCAGGAACCGGUACCAGUCCCACUCCUUAAAAUCCGGUUCGAAGGACCUCCACGACAUAAAAUAAGAAAUAACUACUUGCAAACUAAGAAAUUGUGGUGCAAACAUCUACAUAUUUAUCCAAUUGUUAUCAACGAGAAGCCUGUGGCGUAUCUCCUAAUGGAGAGAUACAUAUAUUUAUCUAUUACUUCUCUACAAUCUUGACUUCUAAACAAUCACGAUAUUGUUGUUUAUAGCUAACAUAAUAAUAACAUUCGUUCAAUCGUCCCUCUCUUGCUCAUAUCGGUGUUAGACAUAACCUCCUGAGUCCCGGAGGCUGUUAUCCCCGUAGGCCAGAUGGCGCUGGCAGCCGCCGCAAGUGGAUGCGUUCCGUUCUACGAGGCCGUGCCGUACAGUCAACGGUAAAAAUAUGGGUGUAGGCAACUUACUCAAAAAUAUGUCCCAUAGUUCUUAUUUCACUGACAUAAGAGUUAUGGGACAUAUUUUUGAAAUGAUUUGUACACCCAUAUUUUUACCGUUGACUGUACAGCCGCGAUCGUGGCCCGCCAAUGGACUCGCCCGAAGAUCAGCGCCGACUCUCGGGUCAGCAUUAUGCUGAGGUGAGGCGAGCCCAUUUCGUGGUAAACUAUAUAUGUACUUACUUAUAUGUUUAAACCUUAUGAUGUUACUUUUGUUGUAUGUACACUAAGUUUAUCACGAUAUCACGAUUUUUGAUUUAUCGUGGCCUUACUUUAAAACUAAUGCAAUUUUAACUUUUAUUUAAUAAGAUAAUAAAGUUCCAAAUUCAAAAAUAAAACUGAAUCUUCUGGGUUUUAGGAGGGUACUGCAUGUUUUUUGAAUGUUUCUGUGGUAAAUCGGCCGGCGCUGCGUGUGCGCACGCUAGGUGUAUGAGCGGCGACCAAAGACCAAUCCGUCCAAACCGUGUACAGUACAAACGUAAACGUGCACUUCGCUGCACUCACUUGUGAUAUACUUAAGUAGGCGAGGCGGGCGGAUUUAAUACCAUAAGUAGUAUUAUAACAAAAAUAACUGUGAGGUUAAUACCUACUGUGUAGAUUUGCCAAGAGUUUCCACUAAAUAUUCCUUCCAAAAUUUCCUCUUUUCUUAUCUCCACUGAGAUGAAAAACAGGCAAAGGAUCGCUAAAACAAAACUAAUUUCACAACACGCCGAUUUUACGAGUUUACGCGCGAUAUGUACAAAUUCAAAACUCGAAUGGCUAUAAUCCGAUGAGAUGAGUGCCUAUGUGUACUAUGUACGUGCGAAAUCGGGUUGUCGAUGUCGAUUAUACCUAGUUACAGUUUUAUGUUAGCGACUAUACCUCGGGCUAUUUGUCAACUGUGUCUGUAUCUCACUCCCUCUCUAACUUCACAAAGAAAUAUAUUUUUCUUAACUCUUAUUUAUAGCAUGAAGACCUCAAAAAAGAAUAUAACAGCUAUUAGCCUGCCCGCCAUUCCUACGAGACGCUAAACGUAUUGUACCAACGAACACACACUCGAGUAGCCAUUUCCGACCUUAUUGCUGCGAAAUAAAAACCUCAAAUGGCCACUUGAGUGUGCCUUCGACCUAAUAAGUUAAGAUAAUAUUGUUAUAGAAUGAGAUAUUAUAUCUGGCAGUUAUAUUUAUUGCUGUAUUUAAUAGAAUAGAAGUUUCAAAUGUUCAUGUGCAAUUUAAAUUAUUUAUUAAAGAUUAUUUUCAAACAACU